AUGUUGAAGCCUUUCCAAGUCAGAGAUCUUCAUGGAUCCUCGUCUGGAGGUCCUGAGGAAGUUUCACCUCAACCCUCGAACCUUCAUGGGGUUGUGCAGGUCUCAGCCGCCGACUACGACAAUAUCGCCUUGAAUCACCCUCGAGCCAGACUAACUUACCUAGAUGAUGAUGAUGGUGAUCAAAUUAUGGUCGGGUCUUCUCUUGAGCUAUCUCAACGGCUAGACGAGCCUCUGGACAUCUAUAUGCGCCCCGAUAACGUCCAGCUUUCUCAGAGUGAACCGGCCUCCAUGCACAUAUUCGAUAUUCGUCGAUCUAACUCGGUGACCGAGUUAUGGAAGCAGUUCGAAAGACCCAACGACGGGACCCAAUCACAGCAAAUGAUCAGCGAUGUUCCCGUCGAGACGGAAUCUGCAAUCGAUGAACAUGAACACAAAGAGGAACCAGCUGCACAUGAAGCUGCUACUAUAUCUCCCCCUGAGGCUGAAAGCCAGCCUUUUAUGGCAGCAUUUGAGGCCGAGCUGGCCAGCCUUCUCAACCCUGCAGAGAAUUCUGGCCAAAGGGCUACGCAGCCAGAAGCAUCAUCCGCAGCUGAACCCUCGUCGUCGGACUCUAACUCACGGGGAGCACACCAUCCACUGGAAGUGGUUGCAGCCACGUUCCUUUACCAUUUGAUCAAUGGAGCCAACUCGGUACAGUCCGAACUGAGAAGUAGGCUGCCAGAGUUACAAGAGCAGCUCCGAAAUGCUCAGAGGACAGUCCCGGAGAACGUGCGAACAUCCCUCCAGUCUCUGCUCGCCACAAUUGAAGCGCACAUGCGGACUGCUUUCCAUAACUUCCCCGAUAAUGGAAGGCAGUUUGCGGAAGACGCCAUCAAUGCCGGGCGCCCCGUUGCUGAGCAUGCUGCGGAUGGCUUGCGGAUGAUGGCAUCGGAGCUCAAUGAGGCCAGCCGGACAUUGUUUGCAGCCUUCGAAAACGAGUUCGGCCGUUUUGCAUCGAAUGCGUCGAAUGCCACAUCUGACGAGGGACUGCACGCAGCGUCUACUCCGAUCCCCGGUGCUACCCCUGAUGGGACUGCACCAGACCUCUCAUCUCAAAAUACGAAUCCAUAUCCUACAAAUCCAGGCGUCCAAAAUGACGCGACCGCCAGUUCUGGUCAACCCGUUCAAAUCCCUGAGGUCAACCCAAAUACUCUGCCGUCCGACCUCAAGGGUCCUAGUUGGGAUACCGCGAGAGACGGACAGGGGGAUCACUUUUAUGUUCCAGGUCCUCAUCAUCCCCCUCCAUUCCCUCCUCGACCCGCUCACCCUGCCGUUCCGCCCAUGCCUCCGAGAGAUUGUUUUAUCCCUCAUUCUCACUCCCAUCCUCCCACUCAUCCUCCCUGGCACAUGCCAUGGGAUCCAGCUCAUCCUAUCCGGCAUCAUCCCCCGCCCCUUCCGCCUCCACCGCCAUCCAGCUAUCUGGGUGAACCAUGGCUUCCUUCAAACCACUGGUUCAGCCCGUUCGUUCCUCAUAACCCUCAUACGGUACCUCGGAUGCCUCCAGCCCCUCCUCCAAAGGAAAUCCCCAGAGACCAAGAUGAGUUAUCAGUCCCUUCUGAAAAGAAGGCUUUAUUCAUCGGCAACGUUGGCUUCAACGUGACCGAAAAGAUGAUCCAGGAUGUCUUUGCUUCCAAGGGUUUCAUUGUUUCCGUACGCCUACCCCAAGACUCGAACACUGGAAAACAUGCAGGCUUCGGCUACAUAGAUUUCCCCUCGAUCCACCCUGCUAUGGCGGCAAUGGAUGCUCUACAAGGGUUUCACAUUGAUGGCCAUGCAAUCAAUCUCGAGUUCAGUGAUGAUGCCAUCAUUGACUCUGUCCCCCCACCAGAGCAUCCCGGUCUUGCCGAGCCCAGGACUCUGUACGAGACUUUCGCACAUCAGAGCCGUCCGCUGUCUCGAGACUUUGGGAUCUCUCGUCCCGAUCAAACCGGCCCUGGGGCCUCAGCCAACAAGCCAGAGCGUCCGAGUCGAGUGAGCCGCAGAAAGUCUGUGACAUUCCAGGACCCUGAUUUGUCUUCACUGGAUCUUCAGGAUAAAAGCGCCACCGGGAAAGAUACUCCAGCCCGGCUUCAAUCGCCUCCACUGAUUGACUUGACCACCGAUGACGCUGCAUCCAAUCACCAGUCGAAUGAAAUGCACGAUCAGCUACCGGAGAUGAGUCGAUUCCCGCCUGUCUCCCAGCUUGAAGCCCAGCUCUUUGCCAACCAACAGCAGAGCCGUGCACUGGAGCCUAGCUCGGAUGCGACAAUUCGUCAAGAAAGCCCUGAAUCAAUUUGGGACCGAGACUAUGAUCAGCCAAGGAGCUCUUACGAGCCUGUGCCUGUACACGAUGUGCACGGGGAAGAGUCAUCCCCUUGGAGUAACGGCGGCCGUCUGAAGCACAUUGGUCCUGGAGGCCCAGGUCUUCGUCGGUCGAAAACUAUGACAUUUGCGCGCCGAGGAGGGGAACGCUCUGAUGUACCAAAUCCAGUGUUUCCAGGCGGCCCUGCUGGUCAAAUUCCAUUAAGACGUCGUGCUAGUGAACGCCACCACUUGAGACGUGAUACCCACGAUCCCAGCGACACAGACACCUGGGCACGCUUGGACAGGAGGGAGCGUCGACGGCCCAGACGUUCAUCCCACCAUAGUAUCCCAGGAAGCUUCCCUGUGGAAGAGAUAUCUCAGCCUGUGCCGUCCGACCCGCUCGACGCUAACACCGAGAGUCAGAAGACGGACAUUGACGAAUGUAUGUCGUCCCUCAUCGAUAUGGGCUAUGGAAGCGCUGAAGAUGGCGGGCACUCUCGGAUGGCAGUCUACGCUGCGGCUUCAAAUGGCAACCUCAACGAUGCGAUCGAAAUGAUCGAGGAGGAGAGAGCGGCCUAUGCCCGGCAAUGCUGA